CGGAAGCGUUUUAGGGGUUUAGCGGCGAGAUCUCUUAGUUCUCUUGUAGCUUAGCAAUGGCCUUCAAUUCUCUUCUCAGAUCUGCCGACACUUCCGCCGUCGUUCCACGUCUCGAGCUAUAUACAUCUCCGUCACACGACUAUUCUCAGGUCACGUCAAGUCUUGGAUUCAGUCACAGCCUGACCUCGUCCAGAUUCUCCGUUGCUGCGAUUUCAACAGCGUCAUCUUCAUCUUUACAGAAAUGCAAAGCGAGAAGUGUUCUACCUAUCAAGGCAACAGCUACAGAAGCACCUCCUUCUGUUCAAAGGUCAUGGAGAAGUGCCAAGACUAAGGUCGGGAUCAAUGGUUUUGGUCGGAUUGGAAGGUUGGUCCUUCGCAUCGCAACUUUCAGAGAUGAUAUUGAGGUUGUAGCAGUCAACGAUCCAUUCAUAGACGCCAAGUACAUGGCUUACAUGUUCAAGUAUGAUUCUACUCAUGGAAAUUACAAUGGAACUAUUAAUGUAAUUGACGAUUCCACUUUGGAGAUCAAUGGAAAAGAAGUCAAAGUUGUUAGCAAGAGAGACCCAGCUGAGAUCCCUUGGGCUGAUCUUGGAGCUGAUUAUGUUGUUGAAUCUUCCGGAGUAUUCACCACCCUUGCAAAAGCUUCGUCGCAUUUGAAGGGUGGCGCCAAGAAAGUCAUCAUUUCUGCCCCUUCAGCGGACGCACCAAUGUUUGUUGUUGGAGUAAAUGAGAGGACAUACAAACCUAACAUGGACAUAGUCUCUAAUGCAAGCUGUACCACCAAUUGUCUUGCACCACUUGCUAAGGUGGUGCAUGAGGAAUUUGGAAUUCUUGAAGGCUUGAUGACAACAGUUCAUGCGACCACAGCAACUCAGAAAACUGUGGACGGCCCAUCAAUGAAGGACUGGAGAGGAGGCCGAGGCGCUAGUCAAAACAUCAUUCCUAGCUCAACUGGCGCAGCAAAGGCUGUUGGUAAGGUUCUUCCAGAACUCAAUGGAAAACUAACUGGAAUGGCUUUCCGUGUCCCAACACCAAAUGUUUCUGUUGUGGAUUUAACUUGCCGACUUGAGAAGGGUGCAUCGUACGAAGAUGUUAAGGCUGCCAUAAAGUUUGCUUCAGAAGGACCACUUAGGGGAAUUAUGGGGUACACAGAAGAUGAUGUCGUCUCCAGCGACUUUGUCGGAGAUUCAAGGUCAAGUAUCUUUGAUGCUAAUGCCGGGAUUGGGUUAAGCAAGUCCUUCAUGAAACUUGUCUCCUGGUAUGACAAUGAAUGGGGUUACAGCAACCGAGUCCUUGACCUGAUAGAGCAUAUGGCGUUAGUUGCAGCCAUCCGCUAAACCAUGGUGGUUUCUUGCAGAAGCCAAAGAUUUUCUCCUUACUCGGUGCAAUAGGUACCUAGUUGUUUCUUCUUCUUUUUUGUGUGGUUGUUGGGUGGGGUUCAAAUGAUGAACCUUCCGGUUUUCCUCAUGGUAUCACGACUUGGUUUUGAAACCAUACGAUUCUAGUAAUAAGAAGACUUGUUUGUUGUAUUAAGAAAAAAAAGUUGUUGGCGAGUAUCUAAUUCUGAGUUCGAAUCCAUUGAAAGAACUUUUUUGUCCCUUUUUUAUAUUGUCAAGUUCAAGGGCAGGUCUCC